UUAUUGGAGGAAAAUGACUCCGCCGCAUCAGCCUCUCCCCCGUCGUCCUCUUUUUUCAGAGGACUUUUGGACAUGUUCCCUGCACUGGACCUUGGAGAGGAGGUGCAGCAAGUGAGCCCUACUCAUUCCAUUUCCCAAACGGAUCUAUGGAAUUCACCUUCCUUGUCGGAUCCAACCCUAGGUCAGGAUAAUCAACCGCCCCUCAUCCCAGAGCUCUACCCUCCGCUUCUCGAUGACGACACCCGUCGAGCGGAGCUCGCGAGGAGGUUAAGAACCAUUUUAUAAGGGAAACUUAUAGGGAAGAAAUGAUAGACUCUGUUGUUGAUACGCAAGUGCAGAUUGAAAAACAUAUUCAAGCUGCACUUGUGGGACGAGAUUAUUCGGUUGAGUCUCUUCUUGUGAAGAGGCACCAGAUCAGGGGGAUCAUCUUCUCCCCAAUGGGAGAAGCUCUUAGUGAAAGGACUUAUGCUUUGCACCUGAAGGAGAUUCUCUAGUUGGGUACAGUGCAAUGCCUUCCAUUUCGGCGGGUUGAAAGGGCCAUAAAGGACUUAAAUCUCUUUCUUGGACUUGAAAGAGCGUAAAUUCUUCCCUUUUUAUCCCAAUUUCCCACUCUUUCUGUGAGGCGAAACCUCACCACACUACACUACACUUCGACACAAGAGAAGAGGACCGGGUGCUCUGUAUCUUCGGGGUAGGAGUUGGCGGUCUUCUUUAAGAGAACUUCAAUCUAAUACUCAUUAUAGAUCAACUCAUGUUUCCACUUUAUUUUCAGUACGAGGAUGUAUCACGUCAGGAUCCGUUGCUCAAACCGAAUCACGCCAACGUUAUGGAAGUUCCUGGAUCGUGUAAAAUAAUAGUAGUACCAAAGACAACACCUUCUAUCAAAAAUGGAAAAUUGGUUAUGGAGAUUUUGUGCGGCCAGAAAUUAAAACAAAGGGCUUCAACAGGAAAGUCAUUUCAAUCUAAUCCAUUCUUGGGGUCAAAUAAAGACAAAAAAGGAUAUGUCAGUAACCUACCACGACAAAGCACACUUCGAGGGCAUGAAAUGUCACAUUUUUUUGUCAGAAUAUCCACAGUAAUGUCUCUGUUAGAUUCUCCGCUCGAAAUAAGGGAAAGGUCAAUUCAAUUCUCGAUGGAAACAAAAUUUUGCGAAUUCUCCCCCGAAUUGGAAAAUUAUUUCGAUAUCUUCGAACAUAUUCGAGGGUUCAAUGUUACUAUUGUAACUUCGACCAACACACUAGAUGAGACUUUACCACCGUGGAGCGGCUUUUUGCAAAAAGAUGAGGGGGAAACUCAGUAAGAUGUCGUAGAAGCGAAAUAUACGAGAUCACAAACGUAGAUUGCUCACGGCUAGACUAAAUAUGAAUUGAGACGAAAGCUUUAUAAAGCCCUUUGUAAAGAUCCCGAUAUUCCUAUGCAGGACAAACAUCGUUCUACGUUGUCUAAGUUGCCAAGAAAGAGUUCCUUUGCACGAGUAAGAAAUCGAUAUAUUUACACGGGCCGCCCUCGUUCCGUAUAUGAGUUCUUCCAAAUUUCUCGUAUCCUUUUUCGUGCAUUAGCAUCUCGAGGUUCUUUGAUGGGCAUAAAGAAAUAGUCUUGGUAGCAACCACAAAACCAAUAGAACAAGGGUUCGCUCCACAACAGGUCUACAAGCAAGGUAAGUAGGUCCAUUACCAGCCGGCUCCGGACCAAAAAGACCUAACGGACUAAUCCCUUAUUUAGGAUCGUAGAUGCUAACGGGGCGGGAAUCGAAGUGGGGGACCCCUGUACCGCUUGUGUAUAUCUCAUGUCAAAUAUGCUCCCCAGGCAUAGACUAUGUACAGGGUAGUACUCUUGGAAAGAUAGAAUAUCACCACGUGAACAUAACAUGUAAUGUUGUUACGAAUGUAACUCCCGAAGGAUCGACCACUAUUCUAAAUAUAGUAAGGCGGAGAACUAUUGUUCAGUGGAGCGUCGGAGUGCGGAGGUUAGUCCCAUCAUUGAAGUCAGGGUGUGGGACUGAGCCUUCCGAAUGAGAAAGAAGAAAAGUGCUUAGUUUCGUUGGAAAAACCAACGCAAAUAUCAUAUUGACUUUCUCUCGCCC